GCACCAUGGUGGUUUGGGAGUUGGCAUGUAGUAGGCCCUAGCAUGCGAGGUGCCAUCCACGACGCCAUGGCCAGCAAAUACCGCCAGCGUUUGGCACAGAGCAGCGGUGUCAGCAGCUCGAGGGCCUUUGAGUCAGACAUUGGAAAGAAGAUUUUGAUGAAGUACGGCUGGACGGAAGGUCAAGGCUUGGGUCGGCUGAAGAACGGUCGGACGGAGUGUGUACAGGGUGAGAGGCGGGAGGACAAGAAAGGCCUCGGCAUUGAGAAACGAAAAUCCGAGGAGCAGUGGGACAACUGGUGGGCUGAUUGCUUCAACAGCGUGGCCAAGUCCAUCUCCGUAAAGGCCGAGAGUCGUGCAGAGAGCAGCGAUAGCGACGAUGAGCCUCAGGGAAAUGCGACUGCUGAAGGCGGGCGCAUUACUGCGAUCAAAAAAGCAGGAGCCAUGAAAGGUAAGCUUCGGCGCGUGUUGCGCCAGGAGAGCACCAACAACUGAAACUGGAACACGGCGGCCAUGGGUUGAGACGUUGGCCAUGCAGAACUGGAUGCUGUGAACACUGGCCUCAGAGCCCUGGUGCUGCAACUGUACCAUGCAAAGCUUCGAAUCUUAGCUCAACCCGGGCAGCCGCGAGAACGCCUAGUAGGGCUCUCCUUCGUUGCGGGGAGGCACCUGCGGGCCCCGUCUCACAGAGGAACAGGUGGAAGAACUUUGGCACCGGGUGAGUGACAUGGUGAAUCACUGAGGUGCGG